UUCUUAAGCCACUACUAAAUCGGGGAAGGGGCGAGAUAAGAAUGAUGUCUUCGUGGGAGUAAUCGGAUCAAUAAGACUUUUUCUUAUCUUUCUGUUAAAAACUGAAAUCAAAGCCUUCUUGUCGCUACUAUUCACACCAUGAACCUCUCCUCCAAAUCUUCCACGGCUUCGUUGGCAGAAGUGAUCAAAGAGGUCUCCAACUUCAAACAUGAAUAUUUGGAAAUGGUCGUGCCAUGUCUGUCCAAAGGUGUCAUGACCGAGCUGAGAUUGGGCGACUUCAAAGACGUCUUCAAGGUCAUCUUGUUUUACCCCAAUGACUUCAAUGGACUCAUCAAGGACGAAAUUCUCGACCUAAAUCAAAAGCAACCCCAGUUUAAAAAACACCAAUGUCAGACAUUCGUGUGCUCUACGGACUCUGUUCACGUCCAUCUUGCUUGGCAAAACUUCGAUGAACCGGAAAAUGAAGAACACCUGGGGAUGGUUCCCGAUUUUCCCAUACUUGGGGACAAGACCCACCGGUUUUGCCGAUCAUUAAACGUUUUGGACGAGAGCAAUGGCACGGCAAUGCACGCUUUGUACAUCAUCAACCCCGAGGGCGAUCUGGUCUACCAAGAGUUCUUGGACAUGACGGCCCGCUUCGACUUUGAAAGUGUGCUCCAAAUCCUCCAGACAACCUCAUUCUCCAAUCAAGGUGGUGCCAAGAACUCGACCAGUCAAGACCCAAACAUAUUACCAUCAAGGUUGCCUUUCGCCGAUGAAACUGAGGUUGAGGCUCAUCAGGAGCUAGAAAAUGUCGUGGUUCCGAAGGUUGAACAGCCCUCUGAAAAGGCCUCUGUAAACCAGUUUAUGGAAGCGGUUACGAAGGACACUUUGGAUGCUGCCCCUUCAAGAACAAGCAUGGCCGUUCUGCAACCCUUGGACAACAAACCAAAAGUGGCGGCAGAUACAAAAACAGAAGACAUAUCUGUGAAAGAUACCAAGAAUACGAUGAAUAGAAAGAAGAAGAAACCUUGUACUAUCUUGUAAAAGGUCGCGAAUAAAAAGACAAGGCAACUUA